UUGCAUAUCACUAAUGAAGCUAUGAUGGCAUCAUUAUAUAUAAUCACAACAUGCUUGGGCUAAACACACAACUCCACACCAGUUACCAGCUUAUCCUUGUCAUAAAUCUCUCCUCAACCAUCCAUGAAAAUCCCUCCAAAAGGUUUUGUUUUAGGAGUUGCACUUUGGGUGCUGUUGUUCUCAAAACCUUGUCUCACAGUGUUUGUAAGCAUUGAUUGUGGAUCCUCACAAUCUUCCACUGAUGAAAACAACAUAAGAUGGAUUGGAGAUGAUGACUACAUUCAGCAUGGAGAGUCUCAUCAGGUUUAUCUUGGUUCUAACCCGUUGAGCACUCUGAGGGUGUUCCCAGAUAGAAAAAAGAAUUGCUAUUCCAUCAGAGUUGGAAAAGGAGAAAAAAUUCUUACUAGAGCAAGCUUUUACUAUGGCAAUUAUGACGACAAAUUCUCUCCACCAGUGUUUGAUCUUCAGUUUGAUGGCAACUACUGGGCCACUGUCAACAGCUCAAGUUACUAUUAUGUUGAUUAUGAAGCAAUAUAUGUAGCAAAGGGAAACUUCACCAGCAUAUGUGUUGCUCAAACAAAGCCUAACCAGUUUCCCUUCAUAUCAUCCCUUGAAGUACGUAGCUUGGACCCCACAAUGUACAGUCACGUUGAUCCAAAUCAUGCAUUGAUUUUGCAAUGGAGAUAUGCCUUUGGUGGAAAUCAAACUAUUAGGUACCCAGAUGAUGCUUUUGAUCGAAUAUGGGCGCCAUCAUAUGGUAUAGGCCUUUCUGAAGUGAAAAGUGAGGCUUCAGGCAUUGGCAGUAGCACAGCAGAAGAUCAUCCACCACAAGCUGCACUUGAAAAUGCUGUUAUUUCCUCAAGCACUACACAAUACAUUCAGUUCAUCAAUAGGCUGUCCACAGAGGAGCUUCCUAUUUACAUCACUGCUUACUUCUCAGAAGUGAAUGAAAGUGCAGUUGGCAAAAGAUCCAUUCAGAUGUACAUAGACAACAAGCCCUUUUUAAGUCCAAUAGUUCCUCCUUUUGGAAGUGUGAAAGAAGUGUUCAUCACCAACAUGACAGCUUCAGCCAAGACUUCAUUUACUCUGCAAGCUUCAGACAUUUCCACCCUUCCUCCUUUACUCAAUGCUCUUGAAGUUUAUACCUUAAGUGAUACAUUAACUGCAGGAACUGAUAGCAGAGAUGUGGAAGGUUUGUUACAACUGCAGUUGGCAUUUGAAGUGCUUGUGGAGUGGAGUGGUGACCCUUGUCUACCAUAUCCAUAUAAUUGGGAUUGGAUACAAUGCAACACUGAUGUCAAACCUAGAGUGAUUGCAUUGUAUCUUACUGGUUAUAAUCUGCGAGGCACACUUCCGGAUUUCAGUUCCAUGAAUGCACUUGAAAUCAUUAAUCUGCAAAACAAUACCAUAGAAGGCCCCAUUCCUGAUUUUCUUGGACUUCUGCCUAAUCUCAAAACAUUGAAUUUGUCUAACAACAGGUUCAAUGGUUCCAUACCCACAUCUCUAAAGAAUAAAAGUAUUGAACUAGUUACAACAAAUAAUUGCCUAUCGGGAAUGAAGUGUCAACCUCUAAGUGAUACUCCAAGUAAGGUUCUUCCAUCAUCACCACCACCACCACCACCACCACCAGGACUUCAGUUUGUUUCAGGCGAUGAACCUUUGGGAAGUGGAGCUGAGAAAAUUAUUCACAAUCUAAACAUGGCAUUGAUAGUAGCCAUGCAAACUCUGCUGUUACUAUUUAAUAGUGCUGCUGUGCACUUUUAG